GGGGACAGGGCAGGAAGGAAGUGCCGGGCAGUUGGGGAGGCGGCUUCGAUGCCUCUCUAGGAGACAGCACUCGUUUCCUCUUCCUCGGACGUUGAGUUUCCCGGGCCCGGGGAUGCGAAAAAGGAAGAGCCGGCGGUGCCGGGUACAUCCCUCUUGCUCUUUCUUCUCCUGCGAAAGCCAGAGAGGAAAGGGAAACUGCAGCAGCCGCCAGGCAGAAACUCAAAUCUACAGCUAGAAACAGCAAAAUCCACUUGCUAUGUUGCUUCCUGACUGGAGGGGAAAAAAUUUUAAGUGACCCCCAAAGAUUCUAUAGGCUAAGCAGUGGCCUCUUGCACUUCUUGCCCUGGGUAGGAGAUGUGCUUUAUAGCCAGGGGAUCUUUUGGUCCUGAUGAAAGGUUCAUUACAGCAUAGUGCAAAAAUGGAGAUACAAGGCCCAGCAAAAAAGGGUCCGGACAGCAUCCCAGCAUGGAGCAGUGGGGGGUCCUGGGAGAGAACCAUGGAGAAGAUCUCAGGUGGGAACAACCUCAGCCCAGAUGUAAAGUGCAGGAGAUUCAGGCAAUUCUGCUAUCAGGAGACUGAAGGGCCCCGAGAGUUUUGCAGCCAACUCCACAGACUUUGCCAUCAGUGGCUGAAGCCAGGGAGACAUACGAAAACACAGAUCCUGGACCUGGUGAUCCUGGAGCAGUUCCUGAGUGUCCUGCCCCCAGAGAUGGAGAGCUGGGUCAGAGAAUGUGGAGCAGAGACCAGUUCCCAGGCAGUGGCCCUGGCAGAAGGUUUCCUCCUGAGCCAGGCAGAGGACAAGAUGCUGGGAAAGCAACAGACCCUGGGACCAUCAGAAGUGGCUGCUGAUCUCUCUGAGGCAAAGAAAGCUACGUCUUGCACCAGAAAAAGGCCGAUGUCCAAGUGGAACGUACAGGAAGGAGAGGAAGUUAAUCUGGUGCUUCAGUCUUGGUCUUCUCCAGUUUGUGGCGGAGCAGAAAUGAUUGCUAUGCGGCCCAGUCAGGGUCCAGUGACCUUGGAGGAGGUAACUGUGUAUUUCUCCAAGGAGGAGUGGGCUCUGCUGAAUCCCGACCAAAAGGCUCUGCACAGGGAAGUCACAGAGGAGAAUUCUGGAAAUGUGGUCUCUCUGGUAAGCUGGGAGAGUGGGGAUGAGAGAGAGCCAUAUUGUGUGUCUGCAAAAAGUGCCAGAUGUCUAGAUGUGAAAAAGAAGAGAAGGAAAACUGAAGGAAGACAGAAAAGGAGGAAUAAAUCCUUGGCAUAUCAAGGAAGUGAAAUCCAAAACCAAGAAGAAAAAGACAAAGAGAAGAAAAGGAUUAAGAGCAAUGUGUGUGGGAAAAGCUGUAAUGUUGAUUUGCAUCUUAAUGAGGAUAAAUUAAUCCACACAGGGGAGAAACCACAUAAAUGCUCAGAUUGUGGAAAGAGCUUCAAUCAGAAGAUAUACCUUACAAGGCAUCAAAAUAUACACACAGGGGAGAAACCAUAUUCAUGCUCAGAAUGUGGAAUGAACUUCCGGCAGAGGAUACAUCUUACUUCUCAUCAAAGAAUCCACACAGGAGAGAAACCAUAUCCAUGUUCAGAGUGUGGAAAAAGCUUCGGUCAGAAGAUAUAUGUUACUAGACAUCAAAGAGUUCACACAGGUGAGAAACCAUAUCCAUGCUCAGAGUGUGGAAAGAGCUUCAGUCAGAGGGGGAACCUUAUUUAUCAUCAAAGAAUCCACACAGGAGAGAAACCAUAUCCAUGCUCAGAGUGUGGAAAGAACUUCAGUCAGAGAAGGAACCUCACUGCACAUUAUCAAACUAUGCACAUGGUGGAGAAACCACAUCAGUGCUCAGAGUGUGGAAAAAGCUUCAGUCAGAGGACACAGCUUAGGAGACAUCAGAGACUCCACACAGAAGAGAAACCAUAUAAAUGCUCAGAAUGUGGGAAGAGCUUUGAUUACAACACAAGCCUUAUUAGACAUCAAACAAUCCACACAAGAGAGAAACCAUAUCCAUGUUCAGAGUGUGGAAAGAACUUCAGUCAGAGAAGAAACCUCACUGCACAUUAUCAAACUAUGCACAUGGUGGAGAAACCACAUCAGUGCUCAGAGUGUGGAAAAAGCUUCAGUCAGAGGACACAGCUUAGGAGACAUCAGAGACUCCACACAGAAGAGAAACCAUAUAAAUGCUCAGAAUGUGGGAAGAGCUUUGAUUACAACACAAGCCUUAUUAGACAUCAAACAAUCCACACAAGAGAGAAACCAUAUCCAUGUUCAGAGUGUGGAAAGAACUUCAGUCAGAGGAGAAACCUUACUGCACACUAUCAAACUAUGCACAUGGUGGAGAAACCACAUCAGUGCUCAGAAUGUGGAAAAAGCUUCAUUCAGAGGACACAGCUUAGGAGACAUCAGAGACUCCACACAGAAGAGAAACCAUAUAAAUGCUCAGAAUGUGGGAAGAGCUUUGAUUACAACACAAGCCUUAUUAGACAUCAAACAAUCCACACAAAAGAUAAACCAUUUCCAUGUUCAGAGUGUGGAAAGAGCUUCAGUCAGAGGAGAAAUCUUACUGCACACUAUCAAACUAUGCACAUGGUGGAGAAACCACAUCAGUGCUCAGAGUGUGGAAAGUGUUUCAAGGAGAGAAUUAGCCUUACUUACCACAAAAGAAUCCACAUAGAAGAGAAACCAUUUAAAUGCUCAGAGUGUGGAAAGAGCUUCAGGCAGAGCAGUAGCCUCAUUUACCAUAAAAGAACUCACACAGCAGAUCAAGCAAGAAACUGUAUUGAUGUUCCGAAUGUAGAAAGUGCUUCAAGAGUCACACACACUUGAAAGAGCAUAGAACAAUCCAGAGUCCUGUGAAUGGAGUUGUCUAAAUAUGUGGAAGCCUAGAGUUGUCUGAAAUGUGGAGCAGACCUUAGUGUGAACAUGGAUGUGUUCAUUUUAGACUGCAUUGCAGAUUAGAUCAGUGCAAUGCAUUCUCAUAAGAAUAGCCCUGCUGGAUCAUGCCCCUAUCCUGGCAUAUCUUGUCCAACAUCCUGUUUCACACUGGUCCACCAGAUGCCUCUGAGAAGCCCACAGGCAGGGUUGAAGGCUUGCCCUCAAUCCUGCUAUUGCUGCUCUACAAUUGGUAUUUAGCGGCAUCUUGCCUCUGAGGCUGGAGAUGGCCCACAGCCAAAAGACUAGUAGCCAUUGAUAGACCUGCCCUCCAUGAAUGGCCCAAGCCCCUUUUAAAAGCCAUCUAAGCUAGUGGCUAUCACCACGUCCCAUGGUAGAGAAUUCCAUAGGUUAACUAUGUGCUUCCUUUUGUCAGUCCUGAAUUUCCCAACCUUCAGUUUCAUGGCAUGAGCCACAGUUCUAGUGCUGUGAGAGAGUGAAACAUUUCUUUCUAUCCACUCUUUCUACUCCAUGCAUAAUUUUAUACACCUCGAUCAUGUCUCCCCAUAGUUGCCCCUUUUCCAAACUAAAAAUCCCCAGAUACUGUAGCCUUGCCUCAUAAAGAAAGUGCUCUAGGCCCCUGAUCAUCUUGGUUGCUCUCUUGAGGUUACUCUCCUCAUUUUAGGGUACUUGAUUGCUCUCCUCACCCCCUGCCACAGCCCCCUCACCUCAGAGAUCUCUCCACCUUCACCUGAGCUGCACUCCUCCUCCUCCUCCUCCUCCAUCCCCCUCGCCCCUCUUGGUGACAGGCCCGGGCCCGUCCCUUGCCUGCCUGCCUCCCUCUGCCAAUGGCCUCAGUAGUCCCAAACAGCAGCAGUGGUUGACUGGGCCCUUCCUUGCUGCCACCGCCAUGGCCAUACAUUCCCCUCAGGCCGCUGACAGGCUCGGGCCCGUCCCUCGCCCUUCCUUCUUUCUCUCUUCCCCUCCCUGCUUUUUCUCUCUUUCUCUCUCCUCCACUUGCUCUUCUCCUGGCUUUCUUCCCCUCCCUUGUUUUUUUUCUUUCUCCCUUCCUGAGUUAGCAGAUCUUGUUCAUCUUGUCUCCUCAUCUAAUUCACACCAUGGCAGCCUCCUUCUCCUGAAGGGUCUCUUUCCUCCUUCACAACUCCUCUCUUCGCAGACCCUUGCCCACUAUCCUGCCACACUCAGGAUUAACCACAGAACUCCUAGCACGCUUGUCCUAACAGGCCCCUGCGAACUGAGGAACCUUUUUAAAGUGACAAUUCUCUUUAUUGAGCAGGGGGAGAGCAACUGGCCCUAUCCACCCCCAGCACCAUAUCCCUCUUACGUUUCUCUUUAGAAUGUGAGCCCUUUGGGGACAGGGAGCCUAUUUUAUUUAUUUAUUGUAUUUAUUUAUCUCUAUGUAAACCACUUUGGGAGUUUUUGUUGAAAAGCGGUAUAUAAAUAUUUGUAGUAGUACAAAACAAGCCACCUAAUGGCACAGUGUGGAAGUAACCUGCCUGGAGAGCAGGAGGCUGUUGGUUCAAAUCCCAGAAUAUGGGAAACUCCUAUAUCGGGCAGCAGUGAUAUAGGAAGGUGCUGAAAGGCAUCAUCUCAUACUGUGUGGGAGAUGGCAAUGGUAAACCCCUCCUGUAUGCUACCAAAGACAACCACAGGGCUCUGUGGUCGCCAGGAGUUGACACCGACUCAAGGGCACACUUUACCUUUUAAGAACCACAACAGUCUGCAGUUAGGGAGACUCACAAGGCCCCUCGCUGCCUGCUCUCCUUUUACUUAAGAAGUUGGUCCAGACUUUUCUGAUACAUCCCUUUUCUGGCCCACAGCAGUUAAUGUUUUUGGUCUGGUGGUUUGUUGUAUUUUGGUGUCAUGGCUUGCCAAGGCCUUUUCACACCCUUCACGCUUCUCUUAGCCAUAAGAUAUUCAGUUUGUUGAGGUGUAUGAAAACCUCCAGUUUCAGGGGCAGCCCUUCCUGAGGUGAGGCGGCCAUCUCAUGCAGCACCAGCAAGGCCACAAAAUGUCCCCACUUUAGAAUAGGGAGAGUGGGGUGUACGCCUAGUGGGUUGGCAUUUGGUGCCCUGCCUAGAACUGUCACUGUCCAGAACAUGUAACUUGUAGGAAAGUAUUACAAAUAUUGAAUGUGGACAAAGGAUAAGAUCUUGUAGUAGAAUUCAUUGCAGAGGAAAAUAUGGAAAAAUAAUUUCAUGAAGCUUGGUUCUUAGUUCAGAAUCUUACCCCAAGCUUUCUUUAAACUGCAGAGUCAAAUAAGGUAUCUGAAGACAUCCGUUUGGGGGUUAAACUCAUUUCUCAUAAAAUUUCUCAGGACCCUGCCAAAAAUCAUUACUAAAGAAAAAUGGCAGCAUUCCAGCUUGCUCUUAACAGACAAAAGAGCCAUCACAUCUCACCUGUUCACACCCUUCCUUUGAUCGAUUGAUUCAGAUUUGUGAUUAACCCCUUUUGUAUAGAUAUAAAUUCCCGCACUAAUCCUUAUUUUUGAGUAAUAGAGGACAACUUAGAUAACUAUCUUCAAAAAUGUCUGUUUCAAGAAAAGAUCUUGCAAAACAAGAUCUGAAAACAAUCCAGUGUGGUGUCGUGGCUAGAGUGCUGGACUAGGAUCGGUGAGACCUGAGUUCAAAUCCCCAUUCAGUCAUGAUACUAGCUGGGUGAUUCUGGGCCAGUCACUUCUCUCUCAGCCUAACCUACUUCACAGGGUUGUUGUGAGGAGAAACCUCAGAAUGUAGUACACAUCUCUGGGCUCCUUGGAAGAAGAGCGGGAUAUACAAUGUAAACAAAACAAAACAUGGGGUUUCAAGUGAAAAUGUUACAGAUAUGAAGGUCAUUGUUUUCUAGGGCAGAAUUGAAAGACACAAAUAAGGGGGAUGUUACAUUUAUAUCCAUGCAUGAUUCAUGAUUUUUAUAUUUGCUGUUUUAAUAAUGUAGGCUUUAAUUCUGUAUGUUUUAAUAGUGUGUAUCAAGAAUAAAAUAUCCUAUACAAGUUAAAAAGAAAUAUAAAAA